CAUAGCACCGCCUGGAGUUUGAUAAAUGACAUUGGCACUUGGAUUGGAACCAAUUUGAGCAAAUGUAUUAGUAGGAAAUAAUAUCAUUUACCCUUUUUUUGUAUACAAUAUACUGUAUCUCAGUAUUUGUAUUAUUCAUUUUAGACAGCAUUUUUGUUAUCUUUAUCAAGGCUGUCAAUCAUUUUGGACCAGACCUCUAUGAGGGCAGAGUUGGAUAAAGCAGUGGUCCAGGAAGAGCGACUGUGAGGAGUCAGAUUUCAGUGUUUGAGGACCGGUUCAGUCUUGAAGGACUAAAGCAGCCUUUGUUUCAUUUGCAAAUGCGGGCAGUCCAAGUGAGGGGGAGAGCAAGAUCUUUUUAAGAGGGAGUGAGUGAGGGAUAGAGCGGGCUCCAACUCUUACCACUAUCACAUUGGAACAAGAGGACUUUUGUGUGGACUUAACAAGAUCGAAGAUGACUUCACGCAGCCUCUCCCUGUGGUCCUUUGGAAUACAUAUCGCCUUGUGGUACUGCCAACUGUCGACUGCUUAUCAGCUUCUGGACGAGCGGGGCUCCCAGGGCCAGAUAGACCUGACCGAGCUGAUCGGCAUCCCUCUCCCCCCAUCGGUCUCCUUCAUCACAGGGUUCGAGGGCUACCCGGCCUACAGCUUCGGGCCCGAUGCCAACGUGGGCCGCCUCACCAAGUCCUUCAUCCCCGACCCCUUCUACCGCGACUUUGCUAUGACCGUCACCGCCAAGCCCACCACGCAGCGGGGUGGGGUUCUCUUCGCAAUCACCGACGCCUACCAGCGGGUGGUGCACCUGGGGGUGGCAUUGAGCCCCGUGGAGGAUGGGUCUCAGCGGGUGCUCCUUUACUACACCGACCCGGGGGAUGGGAGCACCAAGGAGGCGGCCAGCUUCAAGCUGGGUGACCUGACGGGGAGGUGGGCCCGCUUCACGCUGACGGUGCAGGGGGCGGAGGUGCGCCUCUACAUGGACUGUGAGGAGUACCACCGCGUGGCCUUCCAGAGGAGCCCAGAGCCCCUCACCUUUGAGGCCAGCUCGGGCAUCUUCGUGGGCAACGCCGGUGGCACAGGGCUGGACAGGUUUGUGGGUUCUAUUCAGCAGCUGGUUCUGAAGGGGGACCCCACGGCCCCAGAUGACCAGUGUGAGGAGGACGACCCCUAUGCAUCUGGCUAUGGGAGUGGAGAUGACUCCUUCGAUGACACAGAAACUCUGGAUGAAGUGAAGAAGGUAGUGGAGGAGAGAGAGUACAUUAUGCCAGAGGAGCCAAUGAUCAUCCCAGUGCGUGCCCCUCCCACAGAGGCAUCGCCCAGUGACGAUGAGGAGGAUGCUGGCGAGACCUCGGGUCAGGAAGUGGAGCUGACCGCUGAGAGAGGACCAAGUCAGACAGCAGAUGCAGCCUAUAGACCAGGAAGUGCAACGCACAGUCAGAAAGGAGAGCGAGGAGACCCAGGGCCAGCCGGACCCCCUGGCUCCCCCGGCCCCCCAGGCCCGCAAAGCCCGUUAGGUGAUGGCUCCUCUGGGGAGGGAGAGCCAGGACCAAGGGGCCCCCAGGGGCCUCAGGGACCAGCAGGAACACCCGGAGCACCCGGCAACGACGGCCAGCCAGGCAGUGGAGGGAAAGAUGGUGACCCAGGAGAAAAUGGAGUUCAGGGAUUCCCAGGCUUGCCAGGAGAUCCUGGUCCCAAAGGAGACAAGGGUGACCCUGGAGUGGGCAAACCUGGGUCCCCCGGUCCUCCCGGGCCACCGGGUCGACCCAACUCAUCCAGAUCCCUGAAUGUUGUGGACGGUUCGGGCUUUGAGGACUUUGACACUGACACAGAGAUUAUGACAGGUCCCCCUGGUCCACCGGGUCCUCCAGGGCUGCCUGGCCCCCCAGGUUCAUCUGAGGGCCUCUCUGCGUCACCUGGAGCCCCUGGGACCCCCGGGAAGGAUGGAGAGAUGGGUAAACCUGGACAGCCUGGGGUUGAUGGACACAAUGGGGACCCUGGUUCAGCUGGCGAGAGAGGAGAGAAGGGUGAGCCGGGUCUGAGCGGACCUCCUGGACCAAAGGGGGAGCCAAGUGCUGCAGGGUUCCCAGGUCUGCCCGGCUCAGAGGGCCCAGAGGGGAUGCCAGGCCUGAGGGGCCCUCCUGGGCCACCGGGACCCCCAGGAAGGGGCUUCAGCUUGGACCUGGAAGACAUUGAGGGGUCUGGGACACUCGGUGGCUUUGGGGCAGUGAUGCCCAAAGGCCCUCAGGGUCCUAUUGGGAAACCUGGUCCUCCAGGACCAAAGGGCAAAGACGGGCAGGACGGGCUUCCUGGUUUAGCGAUAAAGGGGGAGCCUGGUGCUCCGGGAGCAGCAGGGUCCUCUGGGCUGGACGGACUGCCAGGGCACACGGGAGCGAAGGGGGACAGCGGUGAUAAGGGAUCAAAGGGAGAGAGAGGUCAGGAUGGCCUCAGUUUCCCUGGCCCUCCAGGACCUCCCGGGCCUCCAGGACCAGUCAUCAACCUCCAGGAUCUCCUGCUCAACGAUACAGAGGGUGUGUUUAACUUCUCAGGAGGGCUGGAAUCUCAGGGGCCCAGGGGGCCACGGGGUCCAAAGGGGGACUUGGGGAUGACAGGUUUCAUGGGGCCUCCAGGAAUAAAGGGCGAGAAGGGUGAGCCAGGGGUCAUGGUUGCCGCUGAUGGGUCUAUGUCUGGACUCACAGGGCCACAGGGGCCCAAAGGGAUCAAGGGCGAUUGUGGUGUACCUGGACCAGCUGGCGUGAUGGGUCCCAUUGGGCCAGAAGGACCCAAAGGAGAAUAUGGCUAUCCUGGUCAUCCGGGUCGUCCUGGAAUUAGUGGGCAUAAAGGAGACCGAGGAGACGCUGUGGUUGUGUCGGGGCCCCCUGGCCCUCCCGGACCCCCAGGACGUCCCGGAAUGUUCAACUGCCCCAAAGGAACAGUUUUUCCCAUCCCUCCCAGACCACACUGCAAAAAGGCCAUAAAUGGUUCUAAGAGCUCAACAAAUGGGGGGGCUAACUGUCUUCCAGGGACCAAAGGGGACAGGGGGGAGAGGGGUUUCCCUGGUAUGCCUGCCCCAUCACUUACAAUGCUUCCCAAAGGAACUACGGGGAAUAAAGGGGACCACGGCUUCAGGGGGGACAAGGGAGAGAAGGGGGAGGCCGGGUUACCGGGCUCACCUGGUAUGCCUGGGAGAUCGGGACUGGUGGGCCCCAAAGGAGAAACUGUUAUGGGGCCCCGUGGCUAUCCAGGUGUUCCGGGGUCUCCUGGUACUCCUGGGUAUGGGAGACCUGGCCCUCAAGGCCCCCAAGGGCCUCCCGGACCCCCCGGAGAACCCUCUCGAUUUGGCUCAGCUGUGACCAUCCAUGGGCCACCAGGCCCCACUGGCCCGGCUGGGCCUCCUGGGACCUCUGCCAUGACGUUUCCUUCCAGCGAGGUCAUGAUGCAUCAGACGAAAUACAGCAGCGAGGGGACCCUAAGCUUCACCACGGGGACAGGCAAACUCUACAUCCGGGUGCAACAGGGAUGGAAGGAAGUCCUGCUUGGUGACUUGAUCCCCCUCCCAUUGAAUCUCCUUCUAAAUGACGAGGCUCAGCCAGGCAGCAGCAGAAAAUAUGGGCUCAAACUGGUGGCUCUGAACCAGCCCCACACAGGGAACUUUGGUGGGGUCUACAUAGCAGACAAGAUGUGUUAUGAACAGGCCAAGGCCAUGGGCUUGUCCGCUUAUUACCGGGCCUUCCUAUCCUCCCCAAAACCCCGGGCCAUUAAUAAAGACCUGGUCCCCCAGAAGUUCAGGGAGAGCUACCCCGUUACCAACCUCAGGGGCGACAUUUUGUUCAGUAACUACAAGUCUAUCUUCACUGGGGGUGGAGGAAAAUUCCCGCCAAACAUCCCAAUCUACUCCUUCGAUGGACGGGACGUAUUGGCAGACCCCUUCUGGCCUAAGAAGAGCAUCUGGCACGGCUCCAAUACGUUUGGCAACAUGGCGGUAGACCGGUCCUGCGAGUCGUGGCGGGUCAACGACAUUUCCAUCGUGGGCCAGUCGUCCAGUUUGUCCUCGGGCUCCCUUAUAGGACAGCAAACAAGCAGCUGCUCCAACGAGUUAAUUAUUCUCUGCAUCGAGACCAUAGAGCAUGUUUAAUAGACCUUGACCAGUCUCAUCCCCCCCAUUCCUCCAUCCCCCAAUCCAUCCACUGCCAUCUUAACACUCUGGAAAGGUGUAAAUACAUGAACAUUGCUUUAUGAACAUGUCAUCAUCGUCAUCAACUUAUUCCUCUCCCAUCCUCUGAUUGGUUGGUUGAUUGACUGAGAUGGUGCUAAAGAGCGGAUACUGUCUGUCAGACCAGCUCCAAAUCGUGGCUUUGCACAGUUUUUUUUAAACCAACUUUCAAAUUACAACUGUCAACUUUCAAGAUUCUUUCUCACUACAGAUAUUUCUCCUAGUCAAAAUGUCACCUUUUGUCUUCCAGUGAUUGGUCGUGUUUACAGGUUGUCCUAUUAGGUCAUUCUAUAAGAGAUGUUUACUCCAUUAGACCAGGGCCAAUACCAUAUUUCACACAACAUAAUGUCCAUAUUCCAACAAGGGAACAACCAGUAUUACCACCAAAGAAAUUUUGAUGCACUGUAUUAGAUUUGUUUUAUACUUUUGUCACUUCAUAUCCAUGAAGAUUGUCUUUCAGUUUUUUUGAAUACAUUUUAUACACAUUUCUCAUUUGAGCAACAAUUUCUCUCAGUGUUUAAUUUAAAUUCAAUGUUUUAUUUAUACCUUGACCGCACAUAACAUGAAUGAAUCAAAUGAUUAAGGUUAAGUAUGUAAUUUAUAGAUUGUUUGUCAAAGUGACUAUUUCAGUUUUUUGCCUCUUCUGAAAUUGGUCGUUUUUUGUACAGCAUUCCUUUCACUGCGCUAGAAUUUUAAUUUGAUAGGUACCUAGUUAGAUUUAACAUAAAUUCCACCCAUCAUAUAGAAAUUCACCACAAAAAAAAACUCAUAUGGAAUUUUUAUACAACAGAGAUUUGAUCAGUAUGUGAGAGUAUGUUUUAUACAAUAAUUGGUGCUUAUUGAAUAAAAAUGUUUUCUUUUUCUUAAUAA